CACAUUAUCUGUGUUCCGAUAUUCCAAAUUUAAACAUUUGAAGAUUCGUGUUCUGUGCUGUUGAUUUCUAGCAUAACAAAUAUGGCAGCCAUUGAAGAGAAGUUGUAUCCUAAUUGUGAUGCGACCGUUUGGCUCCGAUCUUGUGAGGAGGAGGUGUCUGAACCUCUGGAAGGGAUGAUUACAGGUGAGGUACCGAAAUGGCUCCGUGGCACAUUACUACGAAAUGGCCCAGGUUCUCUGAAGGUCGGAGAUAUGCGAUUCGAUCAUCUUUUCGACAGUUCCGCACUUCUGCACAGGUUCGCGAUAGACGACGGUCAUGUGACAUACCAGUGUCGGUUUCUACGCACCAAUACGUUGAAGAAGAAUAGAGCAGCCAACCGCAUCAUAGUGUCGGAGUUCGGUACCAAGUCCGCGCCUGACCCUUGCCAUUCAAUAUUCGACAGGGUAGCAGCAUUCUUCAAUCCCGCGGAGCACAUGUCAGAUAAUGCGAUGAUAUCAGUGUACCCAUUUGGUGAUGAAGUAUACGCAUUCACCGAAGGACCUAUUAUACACAGGAUAGAUACAGUUACCCUGGACACUCUGGAGCGUAAGAACAUGACGAAAUGUGUGGCGCUCGUCAACCACACCUCACAUCCACAUGUCAUGCCUAAUGGGGACGUCUACAACCUUGGUAUGUCCGUCGUGAAAGGCACCAUACGACACGUUGUCGCUAAAUUCCCUUACACGGAAAAAGGCGACAUGUUCAAAAGCGCUCGCAUCGUAGCAUCACUGAAACCUCGGUGGACAUUGAAUCCUUCCUACAUGCAUACAUUCGGUGUAACUGAGAAUUACUUCGUGAUAGUGGAACAACCACUGUCGGUUUCAGUCCCUGGAUUAAUGAGAGGCCUUAUCACCAACGACAAGUUGGUUUCCAGUCUGCAAUGGAAUCCUGGUUAUGAGGAAGGCAACCUGGUCGUGGAUAUAUGCGCCUACAAGGACGCUAAAGUCAUAGACGCCAUGUAUGUUAAGGCUAUUGAGUCAAUGCAAAGUAACGCAGACUAUGCGAAUUGGUUCCGAGCGCGACCUAAGAGGAUGGAGGUGUCACUUGAUGCACCAAAUCUUACUUAUGUAGAACCUAAGACUUUGGCUAACAUCGGCUGUGAGACGCCAAGGAUACACUAUGAUGUUCAUAACGCUAAACCCUACAGAUAUUUUUACGCCAUCAGUUCUGAUGUAGAUGCCGAAAAUCCCGGAAUGGUUAUAAAAGUAGACACGAAAACUGGUGAGACGAGGACGUGGUGUGAACCAAACUGUUACCCGAGCGAACCGAUAUUUGUGCCAGCGCCUAAUGCAAAGGAUGAAGACGACGGAGUCCUCCUAAGUGCGUUAGUAUGGGGCGGUGAGGUAACGCAUACAGUAGCAGUAUUAAUACUAGACGCUAAGACAAUGCAGGAGUUAGCUCGAACCACCUUCAAUACUCCUUCAGAAGCUCCCAAAUGUUUACACGGAUGGUUCUUGCCAACUAACAGUUAAAUAUUCUUAUAAUAAG